UUUCCUCAAUGGUGCUUGUUUAUUGUAAAUUCUCAUUCAAUUUCUGUCUAGUGUAGAUAUAUGGAAACUUCUACCUUUGACCCUUAUUGUACCUUGUGGAAUCCUGAGAACAUCUGUGUUAUGUUGAUUAUUGGAGCACGUUCGAAUUUUAAACUGUGAAUAGUAAAUAAACGGUUGGCGGAGGGCACAGCGUGCGCGCGCGCAGCUCAUGCUUGUCUUCGCGCCUCGCUGAGUCGCCGCUGAGUUCAGUUCAGUGUGUUGCUAUCUGUCAAUGGAGACAGUCACGCGGUGUUCCGUUCUACUCUAUAAUUACGUUGUGGUACGAAAGUCGGGCGAUUCCGUGUGUAUGUGGAUUAGGCCCAUAACCUAACCAGUCCGCGUACUAUCCCACUGUGUAUUGUGCUUCAAGUUUGUCGACAUUAUAGUGACGUGUACAUUUAUUUCUGGAGUCCUUCGAUAACGAAUGAUAAGAAAAACGACAAUGUGAAAUAAACAGUGUUAUCUAAAAAGGUGUGCAGUUUACACGGAACGUUCAACGCUGACCGACCAAUCGCGAGAUACCUGACGAUACAGUGACGUAACAAACGAAACCAAUUAAUCAGUGGAAGGUUAAAUGUGUUAAGAAAAGUGCAAAAACCAGUGAAUGAAGUAUAACACGUUGUUGUGUAUUUUAUACGUGAGGAAGUUCAAAAUCAGUGUGGUGUUCGGGACAUGAGUGACGAUGAGUACAGAGAGGCGCCUCUCCCGGAGUUUUCACUCAUGUUUGAAGGGUUCCUCAACUGAGGAGGCCGCAGAUGAAGAGGAAAGUUGCUACCACUCCCUUGGAGGGAGGCACUCGUUGAGUCGAAAUCAUCCACAAGUAUAUGUUGAGGACUUGACCAACAUAUCCUUAGCAGAUUUCGAAACAACACAAGAUGAAAAUGGUAAGUUAUACACAACAGUCACUGUACCCAAGAAGAACAGUGAAACGAAUGGCGGCGGCGAUGCGGCGAGGGAACUUAGUGGAGGCCAACAGGCGUUAACGCAGCGUGCAUCCGCCGCGCGCCGCGACCUGUCGGCCGCUAUGUCGAGUGCGCUGUCUCCGAGCGCCUCGGACGUCGGCGACGAACCGGCGCGACGUCGCUCCGUCUUUUACGUGCCAUUGUUUGAGAGCUUCGACAAUUAUCUGCCCUUGACGCCAGAAGAAAAAGAAGCUCUAAUAUCUGGGCAAAACUUAGAUACUGCGUCUACAAAAACUAAAAGGAGGAAUGCGUCAGACAGCGGCAGAUUGCGAAUCCCCUCCCGAGGUGAUUCAUCCUUUACGGAAAGUGAAAGUGACAUGAGCGCCUUUAGUCCAGAGAGACGAUUUCGUCGGCCUUUGUCAUCGACGGCGAGCUCAAACGAGGCGCUGACAAGAUUGGGUCAUCGCGAUCUGACGAGUCCAAGACUCGUCGUUGCCCAAAGCACCAUUAUGAAAAAUACUAAGCCAAGAUUACGAAGCACAACAUCGUGUGAACCUCGGUACGAUCGGAUAUUUACACCUAUUGGUGGAUCAAUUUCAACAAAUAAAUUGAAUAGUUCAACAACGAAUAUUGGAAGUAAAUUGCCCUCUAAAACUUCUAUUAUGAAUUCCAACCUGUCACUGAUACCUGAUUCUCCAAAACUCUUGUCUCCGGCGAAAGAAAAAUCGAAGACACUUCCACAAAAUCUUAAUGUGCCAUCGCCUAUUAGAGGCAGUAGUAGCUCUACGUCUAUAUUUAGAACACCUAGAAUAACUGUUACUCCUGAGAGUCCUAAUAAAAGUCCUGGAAAAAUGUCAGGAUUAAACUUUAUUCGACGAUCUCGAAGCACGAAACUAUCAAGAAGCAACUCUUUAUUGCGCAGUAUCACUGCGAGACAUAUUGAGGAGGGGCUCGACGAUCACUCCGCUGUAGUGACGGACCUGACUGAAAAUUAUGAUAACUUUGUGGAUAACAAUGGUGGUGAGUCAGAAGUGAUAUGUGCCCUAAUUAAGAAAAACGAAGCACAGAUGGCGAACAGUCCCAUGAGCAUCCGUCGGGCGUACCUUGACGUGGAUGACGAUGUUGCCGUACAUUCUGAUACCUCCUAUGAGAAGGCAUGCCGUCGUGGCUCUGCGCCAAGCACACCGGUGCCGGGUGCUCAGGCGCAACACAGUCCUUCACGGCUGGCCUCCUUCUUCUUUUCUAAACGGUCGUUCAGGAGCAACCCCCUCAAGAGGACCAAGUCUGCGACGAAGCUCGAGAGGGAACGAGCCUUGGCCACCGUACCCACACAUCCACCAACACAUGCCUUACGGACGUCAAGAUCUCACGAAAGCCUUCUGUCUGCACAUUCACCCGCCGUUUCCACCAUGGAUUUGGGGCCACCUAAUCAAGUAGAAAUUCGAUCUCUUCACUCAUCAGUCCUGGGCAGGCCACAUUGCUUCGCGCUCAGUGCUGAGAGCAGAGCGCCUCGCUACUUCGCCUGUGCCUCGCGGAAAGAACGGGAUCGCUGGAUAUACAGCUUACGGCAAGCGGCACGGCCGGACGAGCUGCGCACGCGCCGAUGUGAGCGGACCGUCAAGCUGUGGCUAUUGGAGGCCAAGGCGAUACCGCCCAAGAAGAGAUACUACUGCGAGAUCCUGCUCGACGAUACGUUAUAUGCCAGAUCAUCAUCAAAGCUGAAAACGGAGCUAUGUUUUUGGGGCGAGGUGUACGAGUUCGGCAGUCUGCCGGCGGUGCGCGCCAUACACGUCAACGUGUACAGGGAGCCCGAGCGGCGCUCCAGGAAGAGGGACAAACAUGCGCUUGUUGGUACAGUCCGCAUUCCAGUCGACGACGUAUCCUCCAGAUACCUCAACGAGCGGUGGUACCCAUUGACUGAGACCGACAAGCCUCAGUCCCCGGCCGCGCCUGCGCCCGCGCUGCGAAUCAAGUGCCGAUACCAAAGCGUUGAUGUACUACCUAUCGACAACUACGCGCGGUUCCUAGACUAUCUGAAGAGGAAUUACAGACGGUUGUGUGAAUAUUUGGAGCCUGUUAUCGGUGUGAAAGCCAAAGAGGACAUAGGUUGUGCACUAGUGCUGUGUAUGGCUGGCGCGGGAAUGGCACCCCGCUACCUCGCCGACGUGGUGGCACUGGACGUGCGCCGCACUGGCGAUCACUCGCUCACUUUCCGUGGAAACUCACUCGCCACCAAGAGCAUGGAGGCCUACCUCAAGCUUGUUGGCGAUCAGUACCUGCAGGACACGCUAUGCGCGGCGGUGACAAUGGCAGCGGGUCCUGGCGCGGCGGAGUGCGAGGUGGACCCGCUGCGGGCGGGGGGCGCGGCCGCGCUGCGCCGCCAGCAGGCCGCGCUGCGCGAGGCCGUGACGCUCGCCUGGCGCUCCAUCGAACAAUCCGCGCCACGUUUCCCGCCGCCGCUUAGAGACUGCUUCGCUACCUUCCGAGAAAGACUGACGGCGAUGGGUCGAGAGGACAUCUCAGACAACUUGAUCAGUGCAUCCAUCUUCCUUCGCUUCCUUUGUCCAGCUAUACUGUCUCCAAGUCUUUUUGGAAUCACACAUGAGUACCCGAAUGAGCGCGCAGCCCGUAACUUGACUUUGGUGGCGAAGACUCUGCAGACCCUGGCCAACUUCACACGGUUCCAGGGCAAGGAGGCCUUCAUGGAGUUCCUCAACGACUUUUUAGAGCAGGAGGCGCCUCAUAUGAAGGCGUUCCUUAGAGCUAUUUCGACUCGUCCUCAAGAGCAACAACAAUCUCAGCAACAGCAGCAACAGCAGCAACAACAGCAACAACAGCAACAGCAGGAGGGCAGUAAGAGAAACUCGGCCGCGUCGCAGGGAUCCAACCCCGGGCCUGAGGGACCCCGCGACAGCGUGGAGCCCGACCCCGAGUGGGCUCCACACGUGGACUUGGGCAAACAACUCGCCACGCUACACGCAUUGCUUGUCGAUAGCUUACCUAAGCUACCUGCUAAUAAGAUACAGGAGUUGGACCCGUUAUCAGAUAUAUUAGACGAACUAAGCAAGAGGCUAGUAAGCAACGACAUCAGCUCUCCUGUACCCCCUGCUGCUGAUAACAUAUUCAGGUUCAACGACCCUACAUGUAAUACACCAACGAAGCAACCGAUCGAGCCAGCAACUAACGGUCAGAUCAACAACUUUGCUCACAGUUCUCCCAUCAUGAAUAAAAAUGGUGUUCAAUUCAACAUCAGUCCAUCCAAAUCGAACGCCGAGGAGUCAAAGUACAAGCCUGGAUAUGCAGCUGUCACAAAGUCGCCCAGCUUCAACUUACGAUCAGCUACUUUACCCAGGAAUGGCUACGGCUCGAGUCCUGCUAGCCAAGCGGUCAAUCCAGACAGAUACAGUUCGCAAUACAACAAUCAAGAACAUUGCGUCAAUCUGAAGGUUGUACAAAUUGGCUUUGGAUCAGACCAGUAUCCCAAAGGUAUCAGUAAUGGCGUCGGUGAAAGCUUAGAGCGCAGGUUCCAGGAUCGAUACAAGCCCAACAACAACUACAAUAACCAGCAAACCCACUUUCACAAUUCUAACUACAAUAGCACAGAGAGGUCACCAAGCAGCGACAGUAUCAACCAUAAUUACUGCUCCAAUGAUAUGCAGAACAUCAUGAAGGAAACUGCUACACUAGAAGAACUGUCCGAUCUUUUGAAGUAUGCUGAUGACUCUGAAAUAGUUGAAGAUAAACUCAUUAUGAACAAAAAGAACUUGUCUCAAUCUAUUUCAAAUAAUAACAACAUUGUGAAUGGGAACAAAGCUAACUACACAAACAAUGGCUCCAACGUUUCCAUUAGUGGUUUAUCAAAUGUAGCGAGUUCCGGUUACCAAAGUAUUGCUACGUACAGUCAAAGUUCAAGUCCCAUUGAAAACACGACACACCAUCAUCAGCCAUAUGAAAAUGGUGGACAGCCAAUGAGUCGAUACUCGCAAAUGAAUUACCAGAAGCAAAGAGACAAACAGUAUUAUGACAGUAAAAACGAAAAGUUCUAUCCAAAGAGCCCAGUGCAACAAAAAAUUGACUAUGACAUCCAAAAGUAUGGAAUCCAAAACUUCACAACUGCGGAUAACACACCAUCAAACACCAACACAAAUCCAAAGGUAGCUCCGCUAGUGUUCACGAAUCCAGUGUACAACAUGGAUGACAAUCGUCAGGCGCAGGAGAAAAAGAACAAUGAAAACAGAAAUUCAAAACGUUGUCCUUGUGGUUCAUCCAGUUCAUCGAUAGAUGAGGAGGGUUUGAGCACAGACAACGUCGAGACAAACUCUGAAGAGGGUUCUACUAACUUCAACGAGGAUAGUAGAAACUAUGACCAACAGAAUCGCAACAAUUCCCACCGAAAACUCACCAGAGAUAACUGUAAUUAUGAUGAUAUGUAUCAGAGGAGCAACCAUAGUCACUCCCCAAGGAUACGUGACGACGAAUCGUCAAGCAAUUCGCCUAGUCUACGGAAAAGUAGUAAGACGCGAAUGCCCAGAACAAAUCCUAUGCUCUCUUACUCCACAAACCAAAAUCCUGUAAACUUCAAACACUUUGGACAAAGAGGAGAAUCGCUGUAUGAAAGCAAGCCUCACCACAUCUCAACCGAUUCCGGCUACCCCAUGAGCAGGUCCGACUCGAACGUAGAGGAAGUCAACAAAGAAAUGUAUAGGUUACAGAUUUCACGCAGUCAGAAGGCACUCUACAACAUGGAGAACUCCAAAAAUUCUCCAGAAAAGUACUCGAUGACUGAAAGUGCAAUACCAGAGACUAACUAUCCGCUGGAUCGGACCUAUUCUGGUGCAAAAAUGUCGAGUAGCCGACUGAACGAAGAUUUAGAAAGGCACCAAGAAUUCUAUGGGGUUCGAGGUGAAAGACGAGAGUCUCCAUCGAGAGUGGUGUUCGGUCGCGAGUCCCAGUCGAGUGAGGCCAGCGAGCGCGCGCCCGCUGACAAGCUGCACAGGAGGCUCAGCCUGGACUCCGCGCGAGACCUCACCGACAGCUCCGAUGAGAUGGAAGACACGCUCUACAGUACUACAGGUCGACGACGAGCUUCUAAACAUCAGAGGACCAUCGAACAGUACGAACGUGAAAUCGAACGGUUAAAAUGUUCUGUGGAACUUCUUCGCGGGAGGUUGGGACCAGCCGAACCGGGACAAGAUCAUACGGAUGCUAAAAUGAAGGCCAUCAUCUCAAGGUUGAUCUGCGUGGAGGAAGAACUGAGACGAGAGCAGCGCAAGAUGGCCGCGGCGUUGUCACACAAGCAACGCGUGAUCGAAGCGCAGGAGCAUCGCAUCGCGGCGCUGGACGAGGCCAACACGCGCCUGCUGUCCGCGCUCGUGCACCUGCAGCAGCGCGCGCCGCACCCGCCGCACGCGCCGCACGCGCCGCACACCGCGCACGCGCCGCACGCCGCCGCCGCGCACUCCGCGCCGCACUCACAGCACACGCACCAAGAGCUGCAAAUAUAAACUCAUUGCACAGAUAUAGAUACAGGUAGAUACCACAACUCCACUCUAGGAGAGUUUACCAUCAUUAGUACCUGCUGACUGAGUUUGAACUUUAACUGAAAGAAAAAUUUAAUAUAGAUAUUCUUUCACGUAGAUUCAUAAUAAUCUGUUCAUUUUAAAUGAGGAUGUAUUGAGAGCUGAUAACACCUUGAUAAUAAUUAGGUAUAAGAUUUAUCCUAAGAAGUACUGGUAUUAACAAUGAUAUUAUUUAAAAUUUGGAUCCACCUUUAUCUAUGUCUGUACCAUAGUAUUUUAUCAGUUUUAAUAGUACCACAUCAAGAAUACUGUUUUCAAAUUGUAUGCUAUUAUUUUGAUCUCUGUUUUCAUUGGACAACUAAUGGCAUAUGAUGUUGGUGCAUUUAUUUUAAUGGAGGAACAUUACUUUUGUAACAUAUUUGGAAAUUAAGUUACUCAGUGCUAUGAUGGAAUGUAUGGUCUGGCUUCUUUAGCAGUUUUGUAUAAAUGAGUGCAAAAUCGUUUGUGAAAUUACAGUAUGAUUGAUUGUAUGCGCGUUCUGCUAUGUACCAUUUUUCAAAUAAAUUAUUCUCGUUCUCAUAUUUUACGCACAAAAUUGUACAACGGCCCAUUAGUAGUGCCGUGUAAUGUCUACUUUGCUUAUUUAAAAGUUAUAUACAAUAAAGGCACAAUUAACAAGUUUUGCACGCAGUUUACCUAUAUUAUUAGAAAGUGUUCGUCGUUGUAUAUCUUCGUUAGUUGCAAUAUGAAUAAACUCAUUGCGGAGUAAAUAUUUGUUAUAACAUAAUGGUUAGUAUUGUUUUGUAACUCGUGUAUCGCAAUAAUUGUUUUGCCAUUUAACAUUUUUGUUACAUUGUUUCUUUAGUUUUAUUGAAAUAUGCUUUAAAUGACAUUAAUUUUCUAUAAAUAUCAGUAUUUUCAUAAAUUCGAUGUAACGUUCGCUCCAUGUGUCGACAUGUUUGAUUUCUGUAACAAUGAUACCAAAGACGAUUGAAUAUCCCUUAGACUAGUUGCAGUGGUCAUAUCGAACCCACUGCAAUAAAGUCUUAGUGUUGUAUUUUAAAUAAAAUGUUAUAGAUUUUAUAAUUAUAAUAUAAGACUUGUAUCAUAAUAUUCUUAAGAGAUACGAUAAGUUUAAUGUGGUAUGAAAUCAAAAUUUAUUUUUAAUACCUUUGGAGUAUUAUAACUAUUAUGGGAUUAAUAAAAUGUUAAACAACCUAAUACUUAAAAUUGUAAGUCUGUAUCGAAUGUAAAAGUAAGUUUCAAACCACGACUUAUGACGUAUUGUGCAACAUACCUAGUUACAGCGAAAAUGUAAUUUAAGCCAUAACUUGAAUUAAAUAUACCUACACUGGUAUAUAAAUUAUCACAUUAAAUUAUGAAUUACGUACACUUUAGUUUCAUUACA